AUGGCUCUCUUAGAGGAGUUCAAUCUUUACAUUCCUGACUCUAGGAUCGAAGAUUUCGCAUCGCUCCUCUCUGUUUCAAAGAUCGGUUCCGAAACCUGGUGCAACAAACACAACAAUAAGGACUUUGGCACUACUAGAAACUGGCUCGCUGAAGCAAAAGACGCGUGGCUUGAGCUUGAUUGGCGAAAGCUGAUGAAUGAGCUUAUGAUUACUCUUGGCUUUGACUCAGGCUAUGUUGCCCAGGGCGGCGACAUCGGUAGCUUCCUCGCUAGAAUUCUGUUAGCGAAUCACCCACAGUGCAAAGCCUUCUAUAUUAAUAUGCUUGCUCUAUUAUCCCAAAACGAGCUUCUUACGACGGUCAACAUCACCGAAGAUGAGGCACAGCACGUACAGCGAAUGCUGAACUUCAGCGCUACCGGGUCGUCGUAUCUUCUGGAACAUGGUCUAAGACCCUCGACGAUCGGCCUCGUCCUAUCAUCAAGCCCACUUGCCAUGUUGGCCUGGAUUGGCGAGAAGUUCCUCGAGUGGCCUGAUUCCCGUUAUCCACUUUCUGUUGACACAAUUCUCACUAUGGUAAGCUUUUACUGGUACACAGACACUUUCCCAAGAAGCAUGUAUCCCUAUCGUGCUCUCGCGAGCGCAGCAGCAGCGAAUGUCCUCUUUUCUGUUGCAACGUCUAAAGAAAAGCCAUUUGGCUAUUCGGUUUUUCCAGCAGAGAAUAUUCUCUUGCCGAAAGCGUGGGCUGAGAAGGCCUAUCCAAAUCUUGUGUUUUACAAGCGCAAUGACAAGGGGGGACAUUUUGCGGCAUUAGAGCAGCCCAGAAUCUUCCUGCAGAAUAUUGAACAGUUUCUAGCGGUUGCUCGACCACUGAUUGGGCUUUGA